AUGUAUGCGGACGCCGCGGCCCUUGGUAUUCACAUUCCCACCAACCACAGCCUCUUCGACGGUGAUGAGCUUUUCGACAAAACGCCGCUCGAGGAUCGUCACGACCACGUCUGCAUCCUCCGCAGAUGCAGUGGCGAGCCUGUUGCGCACAUGCCGAAAUUUGACAACAUGUGUCCUCGCUGCGCUGAACAGGGGAUUGAGCAAUACGUCUUGCCCGGCAAGCAUUGCCCUCGUUGCACCCAGCCGUGCUGA